UGUCUCAUUUCACUCGUCAUUUCUCCUUCAACUUCACUAAAAAGCCCUAUUCUUCAUUUUUGAAAUUAAAUUAGCAUUGUCAUCCUCUUUGCCUUUUCAUCAUCUUCAAUCCAAUAAAACUUCGAAGAUUCGAAAUUUGUACAUCGAUGGCUUCUUCAACGACAAAAUUAUUGGCGUUGAUGUUAGUAUUGAAAUCAACUGUAAAUGCCUACAGAAACAUACCCGCCGCUGUCGCUGUAUUGCAAGCUCUACGAGGAUUAUCUACGAUUGAUAAUGUGCUUCCUACUCUAUUAGAGGAGGGCGUCCAUCAAUCAUAUCCAAAAGGGCAAAAUGUUGUUUUCCAUGGGGUCGGAGAUGUUACAUCGAUACUCUCCACGUAUUCAGGAGGUAUGCCGAAAUCGGAGAAGGGCGAGCACAAAUAUGAUGUAUAUGGCUUUUGCAUGGCUUUACAGAUGUAGGCAUAUGAGGCUGUCCCUACUUUGGGUAGUAAAUGGGCGAUCAGAAGGGAGACCAGCUGCCCACGAAUGUUUCAUUGGCGAGCACAUGAGAAGCCAUCGACUAAAGAUUUGACAGCUAUCCUCGACGAUUCUCAGCUCGAAAUUCAUGUUGAGUUGGUUGUUUCGAUGGAAGAGGAGGAUUAAAUAUAUGUAAGUAAAUUACAUGUUCCACCUACUGAAAACGAUCCAGUGUUUGAAUUCGUUCCGGAUAGAAAUAGAGAGUGUCAUCUAGUAGAACGACGAGCACUUCCACUUAGGAGAUCUCCUUCGCCUUCACCGAUGAGAUCUCCGUUCCACCGAUGAGAUCACCUCUACCGCCAUUAUCACAUUCUCCGAGGAGAUCUCCGUCUCCCGCACCCACCCACCUCCCACGUAGAUUGCCUGUACCCAAUCAGACUCGUCAUUCAGAUGAUUUCUUUGCACACAUGAAUGGUAUUAUUAAAAAGGAGCUGAGAACGAUGUGACGUGAUUUUACGACAGAGGUAGUAGCACUACGAGAGGAGAUAGGGGUGCUGCGAUGGGAUUUUACGACAGAGGUAGUAGCACUACGAGAUGAGAUUGGAGUGUUGCGACGAGAUAUAGGGCGACGGAGGUGCCAAAGGGUAAGAAGCGUGCUAAUGAUGCGUCAAAGCUGAUGGUCGGUAAGAGAUCAAGAUUGCCGUCACAGUAUAUCGUUUCCCCAUACACGGUCGAGGCGAAGAGAAGGGGGUUUGUGGAUGGGACGUUCCCCAAUCUUUUUCGCGACGUCGACCCGGUCAGACAGAAGAUGUUCGAUGAUUGGUUCAAAUCCCUUAAGUCCGAGUAAGUAUUUUAUGAUUUUGUUACUCUUUUUUUGUAUUUUUCGUAACCUGUUUUCAUUUUUCAGAGAUAGCUAUACCAUCGGCUGUAUAACCGUGCCCAACGCUAAAAAGUGGUUCGAAAAUGUACUGACAACCUCAGCUUGACUCGCCGAUGAUAUAAGUUUUUUGAGUUUCCAUUUAUUAUGUUUAUAGAAGUUGUUGGUUCAUUUAUUUAAACAACUCUAUCUUUUUUGUUGGUGUUUUUUUGUUUAUCGACUUGGCUAUGGAAUUGUUACGCGAUGGGGUUCGGAGAUACCUGAGAUCUUAUGACAGUCCUAAUCGAGUUAUCCUGAGCUCUGAGUUUGUUCGUGUCGUAGAUAUUAAGCAUCACGAGCUCCUGAGCAAGGGAAUGAAUAUAUUCUGUCUGAGUACAUGUUGGAGUGUGUGAUUGGGCUACAACUGAGUGUGGAAAGUCGUGGAUGGAUUGUACACAUAUGUACAUUCUAGUGAUCACGAACUCACACUGUUUUUCAGUGGAGAUCGUAUUUGUCGAUUCCACUGUGUAUGUGUACGACUUUGAUCAUAGCUGUCUGACACAAAGUCAACUGGAGCAAAUACUGAAGCCAAUGGCUGUGAUCGUGCCUAUGAUGGCUAGUCAUGCGAUGAUUCGAGUAAAUGAUAGAUUAGCUAUUGUACGGAAUAUGACGAC